AUGAUAACGAAAUAUUUUCAAAGUGUUAAUGUUAAGUUUAAUCCAUUUCAGUCAAAUAAUAAAGCUUCAAGAUUGUUCUUAGCUAAAAUACCAUCAACCAGUAAAAUAGAAUAUAAAGUUUUAAAUUCAAGUGAUUCAAAACCAGAAGUAAAAGUUACAUUUAAAGAUAAACAUUCAAUUAUAGUUGAUCCAACAAAUAUGAAAUUAAUAGAUUUAGAAGAAAGAUUCGAUUCUCAUUCAAGAAAAUUAGCAAUUAAAGAUGCUAUAGAGAAUUAA